AUGGCGGUGCGGAGCCGCGGUGCUUGGCGGCGGCUGCUGCUGCUGCUGCUCCUGGCCGGCUCAGCCGCCAGCCCGGCGGAGGAGGGCGGCGGCCGGCGGGAGGCAGGUGGCGGAGAGCACGGCGAGGAGGCAGCGCGGCCUCACCACGAUUCUUCGUACGGCACCUUCGCCAGCGAAUUCUACGACCUGCGCUACCUCUCCGAGGAGGGUUACCCUUUCCCUACUGCUCCUCCUGUGGAUCCAUUUGCAAAAAUCAGAGUGGAUGACUGUGGAAAAACCAAGGGAUGCUUCAGGUAUGGGAAACCUGGAUGCAAUGCGGAGACUUGUGACUACUUUCUAAGUUACCGUAGAAUAGGAGCUGAUGUUGAAUUUGAGCUGAGUGCCGAUACUGAUGGCUGGGUGGCCGUGGGGUUUUCCUCGGACAAGAAAAUGGGAGGAGAUGAUGUCAUGGCUUGUGUUCAUGACGAUAACGGAAGAGUCAGAAUACAGCACUUCUAUAAUGUCGGUCAGUGGGCUAAAGAAAUCCAGAGAAACCCUGCUAGAGAUGAGGAAGGGGUUUUUGAAAACAAUCGUGUAACUUGCCGAUUCAAGCGUCCUGUAUAUGUUCCCCGAGAGGAGACCAUCGUAGAUCUGCACUUGAGUUGGUACUAUCUGUUUGCUUGGGGUCCAGCAAUUCAGGGUUCUAUAACUCGUCAUGAUAUAGACUCACCACCCGUAUCAGAGCGCGUUGUCAGUAUUUACAAGUAUGAAGAUAUUUUCAUGCCAUCAGCUGCCUAUCAGACCUUCUCUUCUCCAUUCUGCUUGCUCCUCAUUGUUGCACUGACCUUCUAUUUAUUGAUGGGAACCCCAUGACUGAUGGCAAAUAGCAAGAAUCUGUCAAUGGAAGUUUCUCAGGAUG